CCAUAUCAGAGAGCCAUAACCAAACACCCACAUGCUCGCUUGUAAUGUCCGCGUGGGACAGCUUUCUCGUCGACGAUAAGAAAAAUUACGUCGCACGCCAGUGCGGACUCCGUCUGACGUUUCGAAUGACAGGAUCGCCUUUCAGUGCCGCAACAUAAUUCACCGAAUUAUCCACCUGGAAUUUAUGCCCCAUGUUAUCACGUCUGACGCGUGCCGCCACGCGUACAUAACCUUUUUAUCGAGAUCUCUCUCGAACGUCAUCUCAUGCAAUAAACUGACGAUGCGUGUUUUCUUAUCGCGAAAUAAUUUUUAAAUCACCGAAUGCGAGAGCAUGAUGAUUUCCAGACUGUCACGUACGAACGUCCUCGCUAUACGAUGCCUAGAGGAUCUCGUCCUCGUGGGUAUGGGACCUACACUUUGGGUCUUUGAGCACUCCAAGUUUUGUGAAAAUUAUGAAUUAAAAGAGAAAUUGGAUUGUCUAUACCCAAAUAAUAUACAUGGCAUUGUGGUGGGACCUAAUAAUAAAUUAGCUGUAUUUGGUGCUAAAUCUAUAUGUAUUUGCAACAUUGUUAAUCAAAGAGGAGAAAUAACAUUUGUAAAACAAAGCACUGAUCAAUUAAAUGACUGGAUAAUUGCUGUAGAAUGGAUAUCUAUUAAGGAACAAAUGCAAUUGGCAAUUUUAUUUGCCCAUAAUUAUUUAUGCAUAUACAAUAUACUUGACAAAUCUACUCAAGUUGUGCAUUGUACAGAAAAAUGCAUACUCUAUGGUGGAUCUAUAUCAGGAACUUGUCAAGAAAAUCUAGUCAUUUUCAGUGGAACAGUAUUUCAAGAAAUUUUAAUAUGGAAAAUAGAUAAUAAUUAUGAUAUUAAUGAAAGAAUGCCAGUUUUGCAUCGCUUAAUAGGACAUAAGGGUGUGAUUUUUUCUGUUAUUUAUGAUUCAUGUUCACGGCUUAUUUGUUCCACAUCUGAUGAUAGAAGCGUCAGGUUCUGGAGAAUGAUAAAAAAUGAGAAUCCUGAAAGCAAUAAUUUGAAUUGGAAGACAGCAAAAAUAAUCCCAGUAAAAACAAUGUUUGUUCAUUCAGCAAGAGUUUGGAAAGCUGUAAUCAGAGAUAAUAUUGUUGUGACAAUAGGAGAGGAUUCACUUAUAUGCACAUGGUCACUCUCGGGUAAUUUACUUAGUAAAGCUCAUCAUGGAUCACCUAUAUGGAGUAUUGAUAUAUCUAAAGACAAUAAAAAGAUAUUCACUGGUGGGGCUGAUGGAUCUGUAUACAUGUGGCAAACUGCACACCACAUUAAUCCAAAAAUAAUUUCUCUUUCUACUAAUGAUACUCAUAACAAUCCUAAAUGUAUAUCUUACUUAAGGAAUGGCACACUAUUGAUCUUUGAUGAAAAUGGAAUGCUAUUUUGUUAUGACAAAGAAAAAAUGUUACAUACAAAAUAUUCUCUAUGCUCAGAAAUACAUCGCAGCUAUUACAUCAUGCAAGUUUCUUCAGAUCGUUCUUUUGUUGCAUUUGCAUCUAGAGAAGGAUAUGUAAUAAUAUAUCAAGCGGAUUUUGUUACCGGAUAUGUACAUCGGAUUAUCGAAGAAAGAAUAAUGGAAUCACAAAUCUUUUCCUUACACUGGUUGGGAUAUACUAGCUUAAUAGCAUGUGGAGCAAAUGGUCUUUUGAAAAUGUUUACAAUUGAAGGUAGAAUUCAUAUAAAUACACAGUUUAUAUUACCCUCCAGUAGAGAACGUUGGCUAACUGCAGCUACAAUUUACAAACAGUUGUUAGUAUGUGGAGAUAGAGCUGGGAAUGUUUAUGUAUAUAAAUUGAAUGAACAGGCAAAUGGGAAUAUUGAAAAACCUGUUCAAAUAUUCAAUAGAGUUCACGGUAAAAUAGGAGUCCAGUCGUUUGCUAUUUGGGAAGAAAAGUUAAUGACAACUGGACGCGAUGGAAUAUUGAGAUUUUACGAACUGAGUAAAGACGACACAAAGCCCUUAUUAAUGUUGCAUAAGAAGAAGAUGCCAAUAGACUGGAUCAGUGGCAUGUUAAAGUCAGCAGAUGGACACUGUACUCCUUUUAUAUUAGGUUUUAAGGAGGUGGAAUUUAUAAUAUAUAAUUUGUCGACUGAAAGUAUAUUAAUUAGAGUUCCCUGCGGUGGUGGUCAUAGAUCGUGGGACUGUAUGAUAUUAGAUGAAACAACAAGUUUUAUUUAUAUACAAAACAAGCAGAUUUAUGUUUUUGAUUAUCCUUUAUCUUCGGCGUCUUCUCCUAUUUUACAGAAUGGUUUUCAUACAAAGGAGACAUAUUGCUUGCAACAUAUUUCAAAACUCGGUCUUUUUAAACAAGAUAUUUUCAUAUCUGGUGGGGAAGAUUGCACUCUUCGUGUUAGUUCUAUUUGUGAAUUGUUUAAAAAUAAUCCUCACAGUGUCUUCCAUAAUUUAGGAAACUUUGAUGGUCAUCUUUCGGGCAUAAAAUGCAUAAGCACUGUUAAAUUAAAAGAAACUGAUUUAAGUAGCAAAUAUUUAGUUUUUUCUGGUGGAGGAAGAGCACAACUGAAGAUUUGGGAAAUAAGACUCAAAGAUAAAGAUUGGAUAUCAUCAAACGAUUUAUCAUGUUCUGAUUUAAAAUCUCAUAUGCUCUAUGGACAAGAUCAAUAUCGUAGAAAAUCUUGGCAGGAAUCGAAGCAAUCGUAUAUUAUUGAACCAGAAACGCGUUAUAUGGAUAUUUGUACAUAUUAUUCUUCUAAGAAUGCUAAUCAUGUGUUAAUCUUUAUAGCUUGUGCAGAUGGAUACUUAAGAUUAUUCCUAUAUAAUAUCAAAACCAAUGACAUAUGUUUGAAAGUAUCUACCAAAUACAUAGACCGUUGUAUUUUGAAGAUGUACAUAUUAUUGCAUAAAUCCAAAGUGGUCAUAUUAACAAUGACUACAGAUGGAAUAUUACGUUUUUUCAAUUUUACCGAUACAAUUUCGAAAAUAUACAAAGAUGCAAAUAUCGAAAACCAAGAUAUUAUAGAUUUUAACGACAGUCCUUUCUCAGAAUUAAGCUUGCAUCAAUCAGGGAUUAAUUCUUUCGAUUUAAAGCACAUGGAUGAGGAUAGAUACCUCUUGGUCACUGGAGGCGAUGACAAUCUUCUCAAUCUCGUUUGCUUUCAACUUUGCAUAUCGGAAAAUAAUAUCUUGUCACUUUUAACAUUGUCUAAAUGGAAUACAGCAACUGCACAUUCCGCACAAAUCACAGGUCUGAAAUUUAAAGACGAUGAUCAAAUAUGCAGCGUGGGAAUAGACCAGCAAGUUAUCAUCCAUAGUUAUUCAUGGUCUCAUGGAGUCAUAUCUGCAAAUAUCUUAAAUCAAGUAUUUACAUCUGUCACAGAUGUGCAAGGCAUGGACUUGUGGCCUUCCAAUGACAGUGUCUUGUGCAUAUAUGGAAGAGGCUUUGAAGUACUAUCCAUCUAAAAAAAUAUAAGAAUUCUUAUUUGCAUAAAAUUUUUUAUGCAAAUA